AUGACGCUCACCCUUGAGAUUGCCUCUUCAAUCAUCUUUCCACAGCCCAUCGCCCACGGCGGCUCUGUUACAAUCGACAUUACCCCCCCAUCACCCACUGGCCUCACUCCCACUCCCGCCCCAGCGCCGCCCCUCGCAACAGGCCCUGAUAAUCCUCUUUACAGGCUCCCACAGUCACUUUCCUCUGGUGGACUCAAGGUUCACCUCAAUGCGUUCGUGAAACCACGUGUCAAAGAGACCCCCGAGGGACAAGCUUCAUCGGAGCUCACCCGCGACUCUCGGACCAGCAUUCUGGAUAAGGACCACAUAUUGUAUGAGAUUACAAAGACCCCCGUGGGCGCAGACUACAACCUCACGUGCUUCCGCCACGGGAAGAAUUCGGGCGGGUAUGGGUACGGGACAAUGGAGUUCAAGGCGGGAUGGUUCUCGGGCGGGACAUGGACAGUGAACUUUAUGGCCAAGGCGCCCGGGAAGCUUGUGGAGCAUCGGAUCCGCAUGUCGGUUGAUGAAGGCGGCAAAGAUGAUGGUGUCUGGAAGAUGUGGGAGCCAGUUGAAAAGAUUGUGGCUAGGGAGAAUGCAGUGUCCCCGGACAGCUAUGGUGAGAAUGGUAGGGCGGUGGAGAUCUACGAUGAUCAGGCUGCGGGAGCUGCGGGCAUGCCAGAGGUCGAGUGGAGAGACUUUUUGACGGCUUGCUGGAUCACCAAAGUGUGGAGAGAGGCGACGAGAGCGCCCAUGAUGGCAAGUAGUGCGAGGAAGGGAGAGGCAGGGACAUUGGGAAGGUGGUAG